UGGGGAGGGGGGGAGUGUGGUCAUAGUAAGGCUGAGUAUAAAUUCGACAGGCAGUAGGUUACAGAAGCACACAGUCACAGACAGUCAGGAUGAAGGUUCACCUGUUGUGGUCGACUGUUGUUCUUCUCUCUUCUCCUCUCCUCACAUUAUGUGACCCACUAUUCGUUGUGUCGGCUCCUAAUUUGCUGAGGGUUGGUUCCACAGAGAACGUGUUCGUGGAAGCUCAGGAUUAUAAUGGAGGAGACCUGAUAGUGAGGAUCUUGGUGAAGAACCACCCGCGCAAAAAUGUGGAACUCUUUUCUGGAUCGGUGACCCUGACAGCGGCCAACAAUUACCAGUUGGUUGCAAAGAUAAAGAUUCCCGCAGAUAAAAACUACUUCAUUGAUGAUCCUCUGGAGAAGCAGUAUGUGUGUUUACAGGCUGUAUUUCCGUCUAAAACCCUGGAGAAAGUGGUCAUGGUGUCAUUUCAGUCGGGAUAUAUAUUUGUACAAACAGACAAACCCAUCUACACACCUGCUAGCACAGUUCAGUACCGGGUUUUCUCUCUGACUCCAAACCUUCAUCCACACAUUCAGUCUGAAGUCUCAGUGGAUAUCAUGAAUCCACAUGAAAUCACGGUUGCAACAGAGAAGGUUUUUCCAACGCAAGGGAUGAAGUCUGGAAACUACAAAAUUCCUGAGGUUGCCAGUCCUGGGAUCUGGAAGAUGGUGACACGGUACACAAACACCCCGCAGAAGAACUUCACUGCAGACUUUGAGGUCAAAGAAUACGUACUUCCAACUUUUGAAGUCACAUUAACCCCCAGCAAGUCGUUCUUCUAUGUUGCUGAUGAGCUUUUAACAGUCGACAUUACUGCCAACUAUCUGUUUGGGAAGAAGGUUGAGGGACAAGCGUUUGUGGUGUUUGGUGUGAUGGAUGGUGACAGUAAAACAAGUAUCGCCGCCUCUCUACAAAGAGUCCCAAUAGAAGAAGGAAAGGGUUCAGCUGAACUGACCAGGGACAUGAUCAUUCAGACCUUUCCAAACAUCCUCCAGCUGGUUGGGAAAUCACUCUUUGUUUCAGUCAGCGUUUUAACAGAGACCGGCAGUGAAAUGGUGGAAGCACAAAAGAGAGGCCUUCAGAUUGUGACGUCACCGUACACCAUCCACUUCAAGAGAACACCUCAAUUCUUCAAACCUGGAAUGCCCUUUGACGUCUCGGUUUACGUGACAAAUCCUGACCAGACACCUGCUAAAGAUGUGCCAGUGAAGGUCAACCCUGGAGGGGUCAUAGGUCAAACAAAAGCUAAUGGCAUUGCAAAGGUCACCGUCAAUUCUCAGGGAGGCUCUCCAUCACUGCAGAUUGACGCAAAGACCAAUGAUCCACAAUUACAAGAUGUACAGCAGGCAGUGAAGAAGAUGACAGCUCAAGCGUACGUUCCCAAAAGCAACUCCCAAAACUACCUGCACAUCGGCAUUGAUGCUGCCGAGCUCGAGAUCGGUGAUCAGAUGAAAGUCAACUUGAACACAGGAAAAAGUCCAGGAGCCAAAGAUCAAGAUUAUACGUACAUGAUCAUCAGUAAGGGGCAUAUCUUGAUGGUGGACAGGUUUAAGAGAAGAGGACAGUCUUUAGUCACUCUCUCUCUACCUGUGACUAAAGACAUGGUGCCAUCUUUCCGCUUCCUGGCGUAUUAUCAUGUGGGAUCAAAUGAGGUGGUGUCUGAUUCCGUCUGGGUUGAUGUGAGGGACACAUGUAUGGGAACACUCAGUCUUGACGUAAAUAACAAGGCCAACAGUUAUUCUCCGGGUAGGGAGAUUGGCUUGAAAAUAACUGGAGAUCCCGGAGCUAAAGUUGGGCUGGUGGUGGUUGACAAGGCUGUGCAAGUCCUCAACAAGAACAGACUCACACAGUCGAAGAUUUGGGACGUGAUUGAGAAACAUGACACAGGUUGUACAGCGGGCAGUGGAAGAGACAGUAUGGGGGUUUUCUAUGACUCUGGUCUGAUGUUUGAGUCCAGCACCGCUGGAGGAACCAGCACCAGAACAAUGCCUGAGUGUCCUGCCCCGCCACAGAGAAGACGGAGAGCUGAUACUAUUAUGCAGGUCACCACCAGACUGGCUGAUAAAUACUCUGGCGAUCUGAAGAAGUGCUGUGACGAUGGAAUGAGAGAAAAUAAACUCGGCUACACCUGUAAACGAAGAGCCACGUACAUUGAAGAUGGACAGGAAUGUGUCGCGGCCUUCUUAGACUGCUGUAACGUGAUGACAUCCAACAGAGACCAGGCUGAUCGAGAGGCAGAGAUGGUUCUGGCUCGCAGUGACGAUGACGAUGACUACCCAGACUCUGACGAGAUUGUGUCACGGACACAGUUCCCUGAGAGCUGGCUUUGGGAGGAGGUGACUGUUCCUCAAUGCAAAGAUAAAACCUGCGUACUAUCAAAAGACAAAAUCUUUCUGAAGGAAUCCAUCACAACCUGGCAAAUCUUAGCCAUCAGCUUGUCAAACACAAACGGUAUAUGUGUGGCAGAUCCUCUGGAGAUAGUGGUUUUCAAGAAUUUUUUUGUUGACCUCAAGAUGCCGUACUCGGCCGUACGCAAUGAGCAGCUGGAAAUCAAAGCCAUCAUUCACAAUUACAGCCUAGAUAAGAUAAAGGUGCGUGUGGAGUUUAUGGAGACACAACACAUUUGUAGCGCUGCCAGUAAUAAGCGUAAAUACAGAACAAUUGUUGAAGUCGACAGCUCUUCUAGCAGAUCUGUUCCAUACGUGAUCAUUCCUAUGGAGUUGGGCGAACAUCAGAUUGAGGUGAAGGCUGCAGAGUCUGAAUCUGGCUUCACUGAUGGAAUGAAGAAGACCUUGAAAGUGGUGUCUGAAGGUGUCCUAGUAGAGUUGAUGACGAAAAAUGUGGAACUUAAUCCGGCGAAGAAGGGUGGAGAACAACUUGAAGUUAUAAGAUCUUCCGCUCCACAUGAUCAGGUUCCUGGAACAUCUGCCAGCACACUCAUCUCGAUAACCGGUGAGGAGACGACUCAAACGAUUGAGCAGGCCAUUAGUGGAAAGUUCAUGGGUAUACACAUUCGCCAGCCCAGCGGGUGUGCGGAGCAAACUAUGAGCUCCAUGACUCUACUUCUGAUUUCCACUCAUUAUCUGGACAGCACCAAUCAGUGGGAGGCUGUCGGCAUGCACCGUCGAACUGAAGCCAUCAAUCAUAUAACCACAGGGUAUAGAAAGCAGUUGGGCUACCGCGCAACUGAUGGGUCCUACACCAUCUUUGGUAAUGGAAAGGGCAGCACCUGGUUGACUGCAUAUGUGGCUAAAAUCUUUACUAUGGCCAGUAAUCUCAUUACUGUAGAAGAAAAUGUGCUCUGCAGCGCCCUCAAGUGGCUGAUUCUCAACAAACAACUGCCAGACGGAUCUUUUAAAGAGGAAGCACCUGUAUUUUCAGCGCAAAUGGUUGGUGAUGUUCGGGGAAAAGAUUCUGAAGCUUCUCUGACUGCGUUUGUUUUAAUCGCCAUGCAAGAAGGCAGUGAAAUCUGUGCCAAAUCAGUUGGUAGUCGUCAUGAAAGUAUGAGAAAGGCUGUUGGUUAUUUGGAAGGUAAACUUCAAAAUCUGGCCAAUCCUUACUCUGUCGCAAUGACGUCUUACGCCUUGGCCAACGUGGGGAAACUCAAUAAGGAUGUGUUGAUGAAGCAUUCCACUAAACAGGAAGCUGGAACUGCUUGGAUCGUCCCGGGUCAACGUUAUCAUUCUCUAGAGGCCACAGCCUAUGCCGUGCUGGCACUCGUCAAAGCAAAAGAAUAUGACCAAGCUGGAGAAGCCGUGCACUGGCUGGCCAGACAACAAUCUCACUAUGGCGGUUAUGUCACAACACAGGCGAGCAUCAUUGUGUUCCAGGCGGUGGCUGAAUACCGCACACAGGUGAGGAAAGAGCAAAACUUCAAUCUGGACGUGGAAGUGUCUGUGUCCGGAAGAAGCAAACCAAUCAGAUGGACUUUCAGAAAAGCUAACAUGCAUGUUACACGCUCGGACAAGUUUGAUCUCAAUAAGAACUUUAACGUGACGGCUAAAGGAACUGGAACAGCCGCUCUCUCAGUGCUCAUGCUUUAUUAUGCCAAACCUGUGGACAAGAUUUCUGACUGUAAACACUUUGAGCUGGAAAUUAAAUUUGAACGAGAACGUGCCGUGAGUUAUCCAGAGGCUGAAGAAAGUUACAAGCUUACAAUGGAGUUCUUCUUCAAAAGUGAAACAAGAGACGCCACCAUGAGUAUUCUGGAUGUGGGUUUACUGACAGGAUUUAAAGUGGAUGAAAGAGAUCUCACAGAGUUGGUCACAGGCAAAGACCGAACCAUUCAGAAAUUUGAGAUGAACAAAGAGCUCUCGGAGCGAGGGUCACUCAUCUUCUACGUCAAUAAGGUUUCUCAUGCUGAAAGAGAUAGAGUCGUCUUCAGAAUGCACAAGGUCACUAAAGUGGGUUUGCUUCAACCGGCUGCAGUCACCGUGUAUGAAUAUUAUUCACCAGACGCACGCUGCACAAAGUACUAUCACCCUGAUAAAGAAGACGGCGCUCUGAGCAGAUUAUGUCAUGGAGAUUUGUGUCAGUGUGCUGAAGAAAACUGCAGUUUGCAGAAGAAAACAAAAGUCAGCGAAGAUGUUCGUUCGGAUAAGGCUUGUGAAGCCGGCAUGGAUUAUGUUUAUAAAGUCAAAGUGAUUGACAUGACGUUGACAAAACACUCAGACAUCUAUAAUAUGAAGGUGGAGCAGGUCCUAAAGGAAGGCAAUGAUGAUGCUGUGGAGGGAAAGAUAAGGGAGUUUCUGGCUCAUCCCAAUUGCAGAACUGCUUUGGGAAUCGAAAAAGACAAGACGUAUCUCAUCAUGGGCAAAUCCACUGACCUGCCGAACCUGGACGCGAGACUGCAGUACAUCUUGGGUGAGCAGACGUGGAUCGAGUACUGGCCCACAAGAGAGGAGAGCCAAACUCCAGAACACAGGGAGAGAUAUACCGGCCUCUCUACACUCGAAAGGAAGCUCUUGAAAGAGGGAUGCUCCACAUGAUUAAUCAAAGAAAGUGAAAUACUUCAACAUCUUUAGCAUACUCAAAAUAUAUAACCUUGAUGUUGGACAAACUAUCUUUUCAACAGUUCAUAAUUUUUUCUAAAUCUUUACUAUUACUUUAUGUUUCUGUGAGUUGAAAAGUUUAACUUGUUUAAUUGACAACUGACCCACAGACAAUGUUUAAUUGAUGAUGAAAAAGCGGAUUUGCAGAUAUGAGGAUCACCAACAGAAUUUUUGAGAGUAUUGUCUAUUGUCGCAAAACUUUAAUUUGUUUUAAUUGCAUAAUAAAGGUUUGUUUAAUAGAAUCAUUA